AUGAGUUACCGGCGAGACCUCACCCCUUCGCUGAUGGGAGUCAAUCUUACGGUGGGGGCGGGAGAGAAGGUUGGUAUUGUGGGCAGGACCGGUUCGGGCAAGACAUCGUUGUUGCGAGCGAUUUUCGGGUUGUACCCUUACUCUGGCUGCAUCGACAUCGACGGAGUGGACAUCUCCACGCUGCCGGUACAUUUGCUGCGCUCGAGGUUGGCCGUCAUUCCUCAGGACCCGCUCCUGUUCGCCGGAACCGUUCGCGAAAAUCUCGACCCUUCCGGAGAGCACCCAGAUACCGCCCUUUGGCAAGCUCUACGAAGCUCCCGACUGGCUGAUGUUGAUCUCGACAGAGAUUCUGGGGGUGGCAGCGACGGCGCAAUCGGUGCCGGUUGGGGCGAUCCCUCGACUACGAAAGCCGAUUCCACGGUGGGCAGCGGAGGCGCUGUCGCGAGAGGGAGCGUCGGGGGCUUCAGGCUGGAUACCGAGCUGGACGGGUACGGGGCCAACAUGUCUUCAGGCCAGAGGCAGCUUCUCUGCAUCGCGCGGGCCCUGCUGAGGAGGUCCAAGAUCGUGUGUGUUGACGAAGCCACGGCAAGGAUGGACGUGAGGACCGCGAAGCUGGUGGACGCAGCUAUGGCAGAGGCGUUUCGGGAUGCCACCGUGCUCACAGUGGCGCAUCGCCUUCCCCCGGUGUUAGAGUCCUGCGACAAGGUGGCGGUGAUGAGCGAAGGCCGCGUCGUCGAACAAGGGAAACCAAGGGAUCUCGCCGCCGAUACAACAAGCCGAUUUAUCGUUUGACCAUUGACCUCGCAUCCCUACAAAGCCGGGACGGAGCACGCCGGGUUCUCACCGGACCAGGCUCUCACAUCACCAAGCGCGAAGCGCCGUGAGGUAUUUGGCGAGUCGCAUGAAGGGUGAGCUGCAUCCUGCUAAGGGUGUUCGGCAUCUUGUGCUUACUUCCUUGCGUACGGAUGACAGCUACGUAUGACUUAAUUUAUUUUCUGGUGCUUUUACUUCCAGAGACAGUUGUAAGCACUGUGUAACUGCCUCGAGGAAGCUUGACCAUUUUAACACAACGUGGGUGCGAUCAUCCCCCGUUGCGCGGAGUGAGGUUUCUCCACCCCGCACAACAUGAUCUACUCGACCACCAUUAUGGUUAC